UGCCAGCACUGCCCCGCGGUGUCAUCGGGACUGAACUGUUCCGACGAAGGCAGAAUUGUCAACUACGCUCGGUGACAGGAAGGAUCUGGUGGACGGAGAGUUCAUUGUUGAUACUACCGAGUGCAAAACGUGCAACUUUUUGAACUAACGUCUAGUGCAUUGCUUAAACUAACUUAAAUCUAGCGGUAUCACAGUUGGUUACAGUUCGUUUAUCACAGUUAGAUAUCACAGAGAGUCGGUGGCCAAAUAGAUAAUAGGCGAACGCAGACGAAUUUGUAAAAGGCUCAAACCGAACAAUUCUUAAAGCUGAUUUCGCACCAAAAUUAGAGUUUGCGGACUGCUUGAAAGAGUCGGAAAAGAGCUCCCCAUUGUUCAGUGAACAAACCUUUAAGAAUUGUUCGUCAUGUCGAAUGCGGAACAAACGGCCAACACCUCUAACCCGAAAACGCCGGAAAAUAAAGAACGAACUACCAAUUGUGUAUGCUGUGAUCGUCCGGAGACGAUAGACGAUUGUGUCCAAUGCGACCAAUGCAACGGGUGGUGGCACAUGGUGUGCGCGGAGGUUACGGCUUCGGUAGCAGAUAGAUCGUGGACCUGCGGGCACUGUUUGCCGCUCAGCGUGUCCUCCCGAACAACGUCGUCUAGUAUUAGGGCGGCACGUUCGGCCUUGAAGAAGAAGCAACUGGAAGACCAGCAGGCAAUGGAACAACGUCAUCUCGCCGAGAAGUACAAGUUAAUGGAAGAAGAGCUAAAUGAGAUGGACGAAAUCAGCAGCAACCGUAGCAGGAUAAGCAAAAGGACGAGCUUAGACAGGGUGAAGCAGUGGCAACGGAAGUGCGCAGAACAGUCUGGAGACAAGCAAGGACUUCCUGUGGACGGUCAACCUGUGGAUGGUGCUUCUACAAUUUUGCAGGGGGGAUUAUGCAACCCACAGGAUUCAGGAAAAGCCAUUCUUGAGCGGCCAGCUGACCAGUUGGACAUCAAUGUAUCUCUACCAAACCCGGCGAGUCAAAUUCGAGAUCAGCGGGCUGAAGUCGUCGGAAAGCUAGAUGCGGUGCAACAAGCUAGAUCAGGUGCCAUCGUCGCUGGUUGUCGACCGGAUUCCGGGUUCUACAGGCCUCCGCUGAACUCCACGGAAAAAUCGCAUUCUUUCCCGAGGCUGAGCAAUGCUACGUGUGACCAGCAGCAGUCAACCGGUGCGAUCCCUAAGCAGCAGAAGGUCUCGAUCAACCCAGGUAAAGUCGACUCUCAAUGCCCCCCCGUAGCACAUCAAGGUAAGCCACUUUUCGAACCACCGAAUUCUAUAUGUAUGCCACCAAGAUCCGAUAACUCCCUCCAACAAAUCAUUAAACAGUUCGGAAGCCUGGCACCAUCAGCCACGGCUUCCUUCCGAACAAAUAUACUACCACCUGGUACAAAUACGGGCCAUAGGCCACCGGCAAAUCCGUUGCUAAUACUAGCGGAACCGCCGAAUGUUGGCUCUUUGCCACAUGGACAUACGAUUCCAUAUUAUGAAUCAGUUCCCCCUUUAGUGGAACCACAAAAUGUUGGCGCCUCGCCACAAGGUAAUCCGGUUACUUCUAUCGGAACAGUUCCCCCACCGCCGGGACUACCGAUCGUUGAUAACUUCACUCCUUCCCCCUCGCAGUUGGCCGCACGACAAGUCAUGUCGCGCGACCUACCGACAUUUUCUGGCGAUCCCGCAGAUUGGCCAAUAUUUAUAAGUAGCUUCAUGAACAGUACGCUGGCAUGUGGGUAUAACAGCGCAGAAAAUCUCGCGCGCCUCCAACGUUGUUUAAAAGGGCCCGCGUACGAAUCUGUCAAAAGUCGGUUGUUGCUUCCAGAAUCAGUGCCUCAAGUGAUAGAUACGCUUCGCUUGUUAUACGGACGACCAGAAUUGUUAAUCAGUGUUCUACUACAGAAAGUGCGCAGUGUUCCGUCACCGAAGGCAGAAAAGUUGGAAACGAUUAUUGAUUUCGGUUUGGCCGUCCGAAGCCUUUGUGACCAUUUGGAAGCCGCUGGCCAACAUGAACAUCUUUCGAACCCAACCCUGCUGAUGGAAAUGGUGGAUAAGCUUCCUGCUCACACCAAACUGCAGUGGGCAGAGUACAUACAGCAGCAUCCAGUUGUGAACAUGAAGAUAUUUGGCGAUUUCAUGCUACGAAUUGUUACAGCCGUUAGUAGAGUGACAACGUACGUUGGGAACAUCGAUCAUCAGAAAGCGAAGCAGAAGGGAUCUGUGUAUGCCCACACCAGCGAAACAGAGCCGAUGUACGAACCAGAACGGGAGGAGAAGCGACCGUGUUUUUGCUGCCGGAAACCAGGUCACCGUGUGGCAGAGUGUGCUGUAUUCAGGGCGUAUACUGUAGACGAUCGAUGGAAGUUUGUUCAACAUAUGGGAUUGUGCCGCAGCUGUCUCAACAAUCAUGGAAGGCGAAGCUGCAAAAAUGCGAUGCAGUGUGUAUUUGAAGGAUGCCAAUAUCGCCAUCAUCCGCUGUUGCAUUCAGAUCGAAGCGACAGAGUAAGUGAGCGACCUACUCAAGGAUUGUCCACGGUGCAGCAUCAUACACAUCGACAUUUCAAGCAAACGUUGCUGUUCCGCAUAAUUCCUGUUGUCAUUUCCGGACCGCGAGCUACCGUCGAAACCUUCGCCUUUUUAGAUGAUGGCUCGGACCUCUCGCUCAUCGAAAGUAAGCUAGUGGAGCAGCUGGGCAUCGACGGCUGGAAGAAACCCUUGUGCCUAAAGUGGACGGGAAAUGUCAGCCGGAUAGAACAGGAGUCUAAACACGUUCGAGUGGGAAUCAAAGGAGUGAACAGUCAGCAACAAUUCGCACUCAACGAUAUCCGAACCGUCGAAGAACUCACACUUCCAGAACAAAGCCUGGACUAUGACAAGCUGUCGCAACGCUACCGCUACCUUCGAGGCUUGCCGGUGAACAGCUACGAUAGAGCGGUUCCUCGGCUUUUAAUAGGCGUCAACAAUGCCAGCUUAACUGUCCCACUACAGGUUAAAGAAGGUAGAAAGGAUGAACCAAUUGCAGUGAAGACCAGGCUGGGAUGGUGUAUCUUCGGCGGCCGAGGCAGUACAGCAACUCACUCGCUGAACUAUCAUGCCUGCGAAUGCUCAAAUGAUCAGGAGCUACACAAUUCUGUGAAGGAGUAUUUCGCGAUGGAAGAUGCAGGGACUAGGUCAGCGGUUGUGCUAGAAUCCGAAGAAGACAAGCGUGCUAGAGAGAUCAUGGAGCAAACUACGACUCGCGUGGGUGAGAAGUUCGAAACGGGCCUGUUAUGGAAGUAUAACGACAUCGAAUUCCCAAACAGCUACAGCAUGGCGAUUAGGCGCUUGGAGUGCUUGGAGCGCAGAAUGAUGCGAGAUCCCGAUCUAGCGAGGAACCUGAAAAAUCAGAUUUUGGAGUACCAACGCAAAGGUUAUGCACACCGAGCAACGGAAGAAGAACUUGCCGAAGCGGACCCAAAGCGAGUGUGGUAUCUUCCACUAGGAGCGGUGAUGAAUCCAAGGAAACCUGGGAAAGUGCGGUUAAUAUGGGACGCGGCCGCUAAAGUUGAUGGAAUAUCCCUAAAUUCAAUGUUGCUUAAAGGCCCAGACCAACUCACGUCGCUUCCAGCCGUCCUUUCGAGAUUUCGGCAGUACAAGGUGGGCGUAUCAGCAGAUAUCAAAGAGAUGUUCCACCAGCUGGUAAUUCGUCGACCAGAUCGUCAUUCUCAACGUUUCUUAUUCCGAAACAGUCCGGAGGAAAUGGUGGGUAUCUACCUAAUGGAUGUGGCAACCUUUGGAUCCUCUUGUUCGCCAGCGUCGGCGCAGUUUGUUAAAAACAAGAACGCUGAAGAAUUCGUUGAUCUGUACCCUCGUGCUGUAGAAGGGAUUAUAAAAAAUCAUUAUGUCGACGACUAUCUCGAUAGCUUCGAGAACGAAGAGGAAGCAGAACGGGUGUCACAAGAAGUCCGAACUGUACACCAGAAAGGAGGGUUUCUACUCAGAAAUUGGCUGUCCAAUAGCACCAGCGUUCUUAGUGGACUGCGUGAGGAUGAACUAAAAGCGAGUAAGAGCAUCUGUAAAAGCGGAAUGGAGAACAGCGAUCGGGUUUUGGGAAUGUUAUGGCAGACGACUGAAGAUACACUGCGAUUUUCCAUGGAGGUAACAGAAGAAAUACAGAAGGUGAUUGAGAAAGGUGAUCGACCAACCAAACGUCAAAUGCUGCGAUGUUUGAUGAGUAUAUUCGAUCCACUGGGACUUAUUAGUGUAUUCCUCGUUCACGGAAAAAUCCUUCUCCAGGAUGUGUGGCGCGCCGGACUGCAGUGGGACGAAAAGGUGCCAGAGGAGAUCUUCCAACGUUGGGUGAGAUGGACCGGCAUGUUCCCUAGAAUCGAAAGUUUGUGCAUCCCACGAUGUUAUUUUCAAGGAGCAACAGCACAGAUUUAUGAACGGCUACAACUACACAUUUUCGUUGAUGCUAGCGAAUCUGCCUUUUCUGCUGUAGCAUACUUCAGGGUUGUCCACAUGGGAGGUGAACCAGAAUGCGCCAUAGUCGCGGCAAAAACAAAGGUCGCUCCACUGAAGCCUCUCUCAAUUCCUCGUCUGGAACUUCAAGCUGCAGUUCUCGGUAGUCGAUUGAUGUCGUUCGUGCAGGAGAACCACAGCGUCGAAGUCAAACAGCGGUUCAUAUGGAGCGAUUCCGCAACAGUUUUGGCAUGGCUACGAUCUGACCAUCGCCGUUACAAACAAUAUGUGGCCUGCCGAAUAGGAGAAUUACUGUCAACAACAGAUGUAGCAGAGUGGCGAUGGGUUCCCAGUAAGCAAAAUCCAGCGGACCGUGCAACAAAAUGGGGAAAGAAUGCUUGCCCUGAUGCAAGCGAUGCAUGGUUUAAGGGACCGGAAUUCCUUCGACUGUCCGAAGAACAUUGGCCGAGGCAACCAUCAAUCUCAAACAAACCCGAGGAAGAACUAAGAUCAUGUUUCCUGAUUCAAGGAUCAACAAUCUCAGAGAGCGUAGUAGAUUUCGACAGAUUUUCCAAUUGGCGACGGCUUCUAGGUGCAGUAGGGUAUGCACAUCGUUUCGUGGACAACUGCAAACGCAAACGUCGAGGAGAAAGGCUCGAACUACUACAUUUGACCCAAGACGAAUUGAGGAAAGCGAAGAAUACUGUGCUGCGAAACGUGCAAUGGCUGGACUUUCCAGAUGAGAUGCUUCUACUUUCGAAAAGACAAGCCGAGUUACCUAAAACUAGUACCUUGUACAAAUUGACACCUACAAUUGAUGAGUGUGGAGUACUUCGUGUUGAUGGAAGAAUCGGUGCAGCUCCGAAUGCAUCAUUCGACACCAGGUUCCCGGUGAUCCUGCCUAGGAAGAAUUCGGUGACGAAACUCAUAGUUGAAGAUUUCCAUAAAGCCUUUCAUCAUGGGAAUUCCGAAACAGUUGUGAAUGAAAUCAGACAGUUCUACCACAUCUCUCGCCUGAGGACUGUAGUGAAGCAAGUGUCAAUCGCGUGUCAAUUGUGCAAAGUAACGAGAGCGCUUCCGAAGAUUCCACGGAUGGCGCCGCUACCAAUCGCUCGUUUGGCGUCAUACACUCGACCAUUCACGUACACGGGCAUCGACUUUUUUGGACCGUUGCUGGUGAAAGUAGGAAGGAGUUCUGUUAAACGCUGGAUGUGUGUCUUCACCUGUCUUACUAUACGAGCCGUUCAUGUAGAAGUUGCACAUAGUCUGUCUACUUCAUCGUGUAUAAAAUGCAUUCGACGGUUUGUCUGUCGCCGAGGAGCACCUGCCGAAAUCUACACGGACAAUGGCACUAACUUCCAAGGGGCUGAACGACAAUUGCGGGAACAACUAGCGGAAAUACGUGACGGAUUAGCAGUGACAUUCACCAAUACGGACACAAAAUGGAUGUUCAUCCCUCCAAGCGCACCCCACAUGGGGGGUGCAUGGGAGAGGAUGGUGCGGUCGAUAAAAACAGCCAUGGAAGUAGCAUACAACUCUGACAGGAAACUGGACGACGAAGGAUUGGAGACACUGGCCGUCGAAGCUGAGAGUAUAGUUAACAGCCGGCCACUUACGUACUUGCCUUUGGAGGCCACUGAAGCCGAAGCUCUUACUCCGAAUCACUUCCUGCUAGGAAGUUCUAGAGGUAUUCGCCAGCCUGCUGUACCAGUUAGUGAUCCUGCUGUAGUUGCGAAAAAAUCCUGGAAUCAAAUACAACAGCAACUUGAUGUAUUCUGGAAGCGUUGGAUUCGGGAGUAUCUACCCAUGCUGACCAAGCGGAUGAAGUGGUUUGAUGAAGUACCGCCUAUAGCAGUAGGAGAUCUGGUCUUAAUCGUAGAGGACGUUCGGAGGAACGGUUGGAUUCGUGGCCGAGUCAAGGAAGUGGUUGCUGCUAAAGACGGAAGAAUCCGUCAAGCUAUUGUGCAAACGGCGAGGGGGAUGUUGCGUAGACCGGUGUCGAAGUUGGCCGUGUUGGAGGUUGAGUUAGGUGGUAAAACUGGAACCGGUGGCCAGUGUUACGGGGGGGAGGAUGUUACUGCCAGCACUGCCCCGCGGUGUCAUCGGGACUGAACUGUUCCGACGAAGGCAGAAUUGUCAACUACGCUCGGUGACAGGAAGGAUCUGGUGGACGGAGAGUUCAUUGUUGAUACUACCGAGUGCAAAACGUGCAACUUUUUGAACUAACGUCUAGUGCAUUGCUUAAACUAACUUAAAUCUAGCGGUAUCACAGUUGGUUACAGUUCGUUUAUCACAGUUAGAUAUCACAGAGAGUCGGUGGCCAAAUAGAUAAUAGGCGAACGCAGACGAAUUUGUAAAAGGCUCAAACCGAACAAUUGUAAGUUGUGGCACUAUAAACUAUAAAACUAAAUUAAACUAAUCAAAAUAAAUUUGCAGCUUAAAGCUGAUUUCGCACCAAAAUUAGAGUUUGCGGACUGCUUGAAAGAGUCGGAAAAGAGCUCCCCA